GACUUUAGCGGGUGUCCAGUAGGUAAAGUUAGUAGGGAAGAAGGAUGGAGGAGGUGGGUCCGGUUGGCCUCCAGAGCGGACAUAUAAGUCCCAGGAUCGCCCCCACUUUCCGUCAAACGGUCGGACACGGUACGGAGGCGAGCACAAGCUAGCAAAGCAGCAAUUCUUUGACGUUGAUCAGAACAAACUAACAUUCGUCGUUUUCUUCUCCCGCAAAGCGUGCUCUUCGUGUUUCAUUUGGUUUCUUGUUUUUUUCAUUUUAUUAUAAACAAUAUACUCCCCUAUUGCCAAUCUUUCCCAUCAUCUUCUUCUUCUUUUUUUUCUCUCCGUGCCGGUUAUAUCCGACCGCAGACAACAGUAGCAAUUUAAUCGACACCCCGAAGAGAAUUGUAAUCCCCAUAAUUUUUUUGAUUUUCUUCCGAAUACGCGAAAAAUAAACGUGAACCAUAAACGCGAAUAAUAACGCGAAAACACUUGGAAUUAUCGAAAAAGUAUCACCACCAAUCGAGUGAGCCUAACCUGGUGAGCCAGCUGGUGUGUGCCGGUUAGUUAAUAUCGAGUAUAGUUAACGAGACUCGGAUCUUAGUAGUUCUCCUACCGUUGCUUUCGAUCGACAACGGAAAAGUUGAGAAGAGAACGUUUCUUUCUCUUUCUCUCACUUUACUUACUUACUUACUUACUCACUCACUCACUCAGUCAGUCAGUCAGUCAGUCAGUCAGUCACUUACUAUCUCUUUCUUUCUAUCACCUUCUCUAUCUUCUCUACUUGAAACGGUGUUAGAAGUCGACUGCAAGGCACCAUGAGAAUCAUCGGUCUAGUAACAAUUCUAAUCGCCAUUAUGGUUGCCACCACAACGGCACAGAAUUACAGACAACUCUACGCUGGUUUCGGUCCGUACUUUCAACAGAGCGCAGGAUUGAGGGAUCCAAGAUCUAACAGAGGUCCGAUACUUUUCCCACCUGGCCCGGAACCGAAUCGCGCCGAUAGCAGCGGUGUGAUAGUCGGUGCGAGUGGCUAUGGAUUUGUACCACCUAAUUCAGGUAAAUCGUCGAGGAAAUGAUUAUGCCAAAUGUCCACUUGAAAAUUCUUCGGUGUUUCUUUUGAGAUGUAACAAAAAAAAAAACAAAAAAAAAACAAAAAAACAAAACAAAAUUGACGACGCGCGGAUGGAAACGAUUAUACGUUUGUAAAUAUGUAAGAAAUCCAAAGAUGAUACGUUGAGAGAGCGAGAGAGGCCACAGAGAGGGAAUAAUCAGAGAGGGAAUGAUCAGAGAGAGAGAGAGAGAGAGAGAGAGAGAGAGAGAGAGAGAGAGAGAGAGAAAGAAAACCGACCACCCUCCCCGAUCCGUCUCUUUGACGCACUCGCACCACACUCCGUUUCUAUCCUUGUGCACUUUAACUUAUUAAAUAAAACAAACAAACAAUAUUGUA